UUCUUCUCUCUAUUUCUCUCUAAAUUUCCCUCUCCGAUCUCUUCUCCCUUUGACAAACCUCUAAUUAAUCAGGUAGAUGUAUUUGUUCUCCUUCAAAUUGAACGUUUUGGUGUUCUAUCGGUGUCCAAUCUCUGUUCUUUUCGACGUUUAGGUUACUCUCGUCCGGCCAUUGUUGUUAAAUGGGAUUUUCGGUAUAUGCUCAUCCUUGUUGAAGCGGACACCUACCGGUGAAACUUGAGAGUUGUGUAUUUGUUCAUGAUAACAAGGGACAAUCUGCAGUGGCAACAUGGGACAAAGAAGUAUGAUAUGCUCUAGUCAGAUGAUUGAUUUAGAAAUGGAUCAACGUGGUCAGGGUUAUCUCCAUCCUGAGCCUUGCAUCUUUUUGGGGGGCGUAACAGGCUUCCCACAUCCUGAUAUUCAGACAGUAAUGACGGCUGCAAGGAACACAAGUAAUAUCGAUGCUCAUCAUUUACCAGAGCAUUAUGAGGGUGCUAUGUUCUAUGGGAUCCCACAAUACCAUGGUGUUCAGCAUCAUCACGCUGCUUCAAAUCUUGAUUUGAGUGUUGGGUCUGCGUCCAAUUUCUAUGUGCCUUAUAUGCCCACUCAUCUAUCUGGUGUUCCUAUAAAUCAUGGGUCACCUGAUCAAUUGCCAUCUUCCAGUAGUUUUGGAGUGGUUGGAGUUGCUUCAGAUGAAUAUGAAAGAAAUACGCAUUUCAUGGAUCAUGGGAGAGGCUCAUAUAAAAGAAAGAAUUCUGAAGGGAUUCCAGGGAAUUCUCAGUCUUUUAGUACAUUAGCAGCCUCUACUUCUUCUUUUACUCCUUUGAAUAUGAGGCAUCCAGAUGGGCCUGCUGCUGCAACUGAUGGUGCAUCUUUCACCUUGCCUCAAUACAGAGGAUCAGGCGCUCCAAUUAGGGAAGUAGUAUCUCAGAGGAGCGUAAGAAACAGAUCAGGUUCUACUGCAAUGGAUCCUGUUCUGGCACAGAGCCAUAAUAGUUUUGUUCAAGGAAACUAUAUGGGACAGCAAUUUUCACAAUCCAGCCCUCUCUGGUUGGAUCAACAGUUGAGCAAUAAUCGCAAUGAUGGAGGUCCUUCGGUUUGGUCUCAGGCGCCUGCUCUCCCUUAUAUACAAGGAAAUAACGUCAGUGUUGGUUCUGUAGAAACUGGAAACAUGAAUGCACCAAGGUAUCAUGAGACAUCCAGCAACAGGAAUUCCACAGCUUAUCUACAUCCUUCCCAGCUAAACCUCCGGCAUCAUACUUUUAAUCAUCAUUCAGCACCAGCUAUUCAAGGAGUGAGAGGCCAUACCAAUCAAGUAGCAGCAACUUCAUAUAGAGUGCCAGCUAGUUAUGCUCCGCGUGGCAUGAUGAAUCCUUCACAGAAUAAUUUGGAAAUGGGGCCCAGGCAUCUUGGACCUCUUCAGCCUACUGGUUUUAGGAUAUAUCAGCCUCACAGGGAUGGAUUUGUGCACGACACAACUCUAAGACACCACAAUCUUCCGCAUCUGAGAGUUAUGCCAACUGAUGGAGUUGCUCUACUGGAGAUACCAGACAUAUAUGAUGUAGGCAAUUAUGUUGAUCACCACAGGGACAUGCGUUUAGACAUAGAGAAUAUGUCUUAUGAGGAGCUUCUUGCAUUGGGUGAGCGGAUUGGCAAUGUAAACACUGGUUUAUCAGAAGAAACUGUUCAAAGUCGAUUGAAAACAAGAAUUUAUCUAUCAUGUGCAAUCAAUUUGGAAGAAGCACCAGCCAUGGAUCAGGAACAUGAUUCUUGCAUUAUAUGCCAGGAAAACUAUAAGAACCAAGAGAAGAUAGGAAGUCUUGAAUGUGGACAUGAAUACCAUGAGGAUUGCUUGAAGAAGUGGCUAUUUGUGAAGAAUGUGUGUCCCAUAUGCAAAUCUGAAGCAGUAGCCACAGAGAAGAAAGAUGUAUAGACAGUGGUGAGUGGUGAGCUUACACCCCCAAAGAAAAAAAAAAAGUGCUGCUAUUGCCUUUCUCCUGAUCUGUAAUUAUUACUAUGACAAAAUCGAGAGGUACUUUGCUAUGUAUUUUGUAUAUGAACUUGCAAAUAUGAGACUAACAGUCACCCUGUCAUAUCCAUUUAUUUGUUGGCUCUGUAUUUAAGAAAAAUUGUACAGACUUUCCUUGUCUAUGCACCGGUUCAUGCUGUGUAUUCUUACCAGUUUGGAUUUCAUGUUAUGAUGGAUAAGAUCUUGGUUUAACAACUGUGAAAAGGAAUGUAAAUUUAUAGUCU